GGCUCCUCCUUCUGGCGGAAUUCUUGCCGGCCGGCCGGCUCCGCCUGCACCGGGGCUUCCUGCCCCCUGGCGGCCACAGCCUGCAGAGCCUGGCGCAGAAACAAAUACUUCGCUGCUUUGUCGUGUGUCAGGGUGAGUGACUCUCGGUGAUUUUCGUAUUCUGGUCCCCAUAAGUGUUGCUCGCAUUCAGAACUGCAGGAGGCACAAGAAGGGACUGUGAUAAUUGCCCCGUUGGGCAGACAGUGAGCGAUUUUGUGGUCAUCAUAAUUCAUUGAUUCUGGCUUUUAGGUUCAGCCUAUGGGUGAAGCUUGAAGACUGUGUUUUCAGAGCCAGGUGUGAGGAGGUGUUGGGGGGCUGGUCGAUGUUGCCUGUUGUAGCAAGAAACCAGCAGAUAACACGGAAGACUGGGUGGCAGCGUGAGCGCGUCAGAGACACACGGGACCCGUAGGAGAGCGGCUGCAGGUGGGGCUGGGGCGCCAUGUCCCGGCCUCAAGCUUCUAGUCCUUCGGCAGGCCUUCCCUGGCACGCGCGCCGUGGCCCGCUGAGCGCAGAGCAACCCUGACAGGGCCAAGCAGAGGAGACAAGCCCACAGUGUGGUGGCAACUAGCCCUGGGGCCACGGCCACUCGUGGAGGGUCCUGACUCGCGCCCAGCCAUCUUCUCCAGCCCACUUCCCUGGCGCUUGCGCGGGGCUCCUGCUCCCCCCUCGUCUGCCCACACUCUCGCUUACGUGUCUCCUGUGGGUCUCUGUGGGGUCCCCGCUGCCCUCUCACCAUGAUCUCUUCUUGUUCCAGGAGCUGCUGCUGGAGUUUGAAUGUGAAAUGCGGAAGAGGGAGCAUGAGUUCCACCUGCAGGCUGGCAGCAUGAGUAGCGUGGCCUUGGCACACGAGCUAAGGGUUAAACUACUGAACAAGCAGCUCAUGACUCUGGAGGAAGCCGGUGCGAAGGCUGCGGAGUCACUACAGCGUGCUGAGACGGUGAACUUGGAGCUGAAGCAGAAGCUGCAGCGCCAGGCCUGGGAGGUCAGGGACCUGGCCGCCGUGAAGGACGCCCGGAUAAAAGACUUGGAGUGUAAGCUGCACUCUGUGCGGCUCUCCUGGAAGAAGGAAGAAGAAACGUUUCGGAGGAAGCACGAGGAGCUUGAGCGCGUGGCCAGGGAACGGGAGGCGGUGCUGGCGGCAGCGAACGGCGCCCACGUGGAGCAGCUGCAGGCGCUGGAGGCCAGGGCUCUGGAGCUGCAGGCGCAGUGUGAGACCCUUGAGCUGCAGCUUCGCAGGACGCAGUGGAGGCAAGGGGACGCCCUGAAGGAGAAGGACGCUGUCAUCUACAAACUUCAGGAAGAUGCGUCGACUCUAAAAUCCAGCCAGGACGCCCAGAUCGCUCGACUCUCCAAGGAGAUGGUCUCCAAAGACCUUCAGAUUCAGUCUCUGCAGAAAGAAGAGGUGACACUCAAGGCACAGCUGGCCAGAUGCCAUCAGGACAUUGGAAGGUAUCAACAGCAGCUGUCUCUGGCAGUGGAGAGGGAGCAGACCCUGGGGCGCGAGAAGGUGCAGCUGGGCCUAGACUGGCAGCGCCGCUGUGACAGCAUCGAGCAGAGCCACUGCCAGAGGUCCGAGGACCUGAUCCAGGGGCUGAUCACAGCGAGAGAGCAGGUUGCUGCCAAGCUCCAGAAGACAGAGCAGAUGCUGUGUGACCAGGAGGUGGUGCUGAAGGCCUUGACCCUGGAGAGAGACCAGGCCGUGCAGGCCCUGAGGACACGAGGGCUAGUCCCCGAGGAGGAGGUGCAGUGGCUGCUAAGGCGUCAAGAAGACGUGACCGAAAGGCCCCCACCUAGUGAGGUGCAGAGGCUGCAGGAGCAGAACGCGAGCCUACGGGAGGCCGUAGCGCGGAUGCGGGAGGAUAUGGAGGCCCUGAGCGGUCGGCUCCUUCCUUCUGCCCUGUUAGGAGGAGAGGCUGCAGACAGCGGCCAGCGUGACCCCAAGGUGGCAGCAGAUGCUGCCAUUCCUGAUUAUGUUCUGGUCCUUGAAGCAGAAAUACUAAAUCUAAAGGAUAAAUUUAAAACCCUGGAAGCACAACUAGAUGUGUCAGGUCCCUCGAAGAGGUCCUCGUCUCACACUGAUAUUCAGCCCCGUUUUCCUCCCACAAUGGAAUCCGCAGGAGGAGCUGCGCCAGAGGGCAGCAUGUCCACGGGCUCAGCGCUCAGGAGGCUUGGAGACAGGGUGCAUCUCCUCAACUUCCUGGUGGCCCGGCUCAGACAGCAGGUGCAGCAGGAACCCCUGGACAUAGACACCAUCCAGCGUGAGCUGCCCCACCAGGUAGACCAGGUGCAUCUGGAGGUUCUGGAGCUGCACAGGCAGGUGGCCGAACUGGAGAAGCGUCUUGGGACAAGGGCCUCAAGCAGGCGGCAGCUGGGCAGUCUGGACGCCGGAGCCCUCAGGAGACAGGACCCCAUAGGUGAAGGACACGUGGAGACCAGGGACCGGAGGGCACAGGCCCCAGAUGCCAUGUCUGUGCACCGACUCCAGAGGAAGCUAAAGGAGGCGGCCCGAAAAGUCCUCCACCUCGGCCUUGAGAAGGAGCAGCUCCUGGAGAUGGGGAACAGGCUGCGUGCAGAGCGGGGCCGCCCCCUGGGGAAACCGCCUCAUCACCCCCUUCCCACCCGGGAGGCCCAGGACCCAGGUGAGGUGCCUGACGCACCUCUGGGACAGCUGCAGCCCCAUUUCACAGCCCAGGACUCCAGGAGUGCCGAGAGGGAACAUUUCUCCAAAUGCCCAGGAGAGAUUCGGCCCCACUUGGCAAAGACAGUCCCCAGAGAUGACACUCCGCGGGACCCAACGGUGGGGGCAGCAGCAGGGCCGGGGCAGGUACAGCGGGGAGUGCCAGCGCCCGCGUCUUCACGUCACGUUUGUACCGAGCCGCCUGUGGGACACAGAGUGCUCGUCCCACAGAGGCAACACAGAGUCCACACAGUGACUCGCAGAUCAACUUGUCAGAAAGAAAAAUGGGCCCCAGAGCCACGCCUGGCUCAGGAGCUCCAGGAGGAAAAUGGCCACCACACCCAGAAGUCCUCCUCACCUGCCGGCAGUUCCCUCCAGGACACGUGGAAGUUACUGGACCUGGGCUCCAGCCCCUCUGGCCUCAGCCCUCCGGAAGACUCAGCUACAGGCUAAGUACCUUGAUUGACACUUCCUCUGAAAACCCUAAAACUGCUGAAUGAAAUACUAUAUAGGUGCUCGUGAGACACCAAUAAACAGCAAGAAGGUAAAGAGCUUCAAGCCAACGCAGAGCCAAGGAGGAGCCCUGGCAGGCCGGGCCCCAGUGCUGCUGUGACCCCAAGGGCUUUGCUAAACCGGGUGAGCUUGAAAUUUGGUGUCAUGACUACAUGGGGUUUAGACAAGGUGGCGAAAUCCAGGGUACGCCCAGGAUGAGGGUGUGACGGGUGAUGCCCCGUAAAGCUGGGACUCCAGAGAGCUGCCCCCCCACGUGCAGGUGAGCCAGAACCGCCCCACGCUCCCCCUCGGUGUGCGGUGGGGGACUGAGGACGCUGCCCCUGCACCGAGCGGUAGCUGGGGUGGGGUUACUUACGAUCUGCUGCCGCAAGUCAGCCCUCAUGGUUUAGUGCCAGUUAACACCCCAGAGAGGUCUGAGAGUUUGACCUUGGAGGGAUUCUGAGUCAGACCAGGACUAGUCAAGAGCACGGUCAGGUCAUUUCCGGGGGACCCUCCUUCGUUGCGCCAUCAAGUGUUCUCACCGGCCAGACUCUAGCUCACAAGGGGAUCUUGCACUCAUGGAGCAAGUCACCGGGGAUGAGGCCAGCACAAGGCCUGGAAAAUAAAUUACUGUGUUUCAUAUGUUUAACAAAAUAAAGUGCCAGCAGGAAAGUACACCAAAGAAACAAGGAACUAGAAAGACUGAGCUGAUUUAAAGAGAAACUAAACAGAACUUCAAGAAAUGAAGAAUGUAAUGAAUGAAAUUAACUCAGUUCAUGGGUUUAAUAGCAGGUUAUGUACUGCAGAAUUAGUGGAAUGGAUGUUAUAUAUGAAGAAGAAGGAGGGGGAAGGAAGACACUGGCGAAGAGCCCUAGAAGGCAGGGUCAGAAGGUGCAGCCACACUCAUCAGGGCUUCAGGAGCGAGAGCGGGGUGGGGGCGGCUCUCCGACGGGGUGCUGAGCUCCCAAGGCCCCGAUUUCCCAUCUCAGGGAGCUUCACGGAUCCCA